AUGGAGAGGGCAGCCCAGGGCGCAGACGGCGGCGGGGGCAGCAACAGCAGCAGCCGCAGCAGCAGUCGCGCCACCUCGGCGGGCUCCUCGCCGUCCUGCUCCCUGGCGGGCCGGGGGGUCUCCGGCCGGUCGGCAGCAGCGGGGCUCGGCGGCGGGGGCAGCCGCAGCAGCCCAGGCUCGGUGGCCGCUAGUCCGUGCGGGGGAGGCGGCCGGCGGAGGGAACCAGCGCUCGAGGGCGUGCUCAGCAAAUACACCAACCUCCUCCAGGGCUGGCAGAACAGGUACUUUGUGCUGGAUUUUGAGGCUGGCAUCCUGCAAUAUUUUGUGAAUGAGCAGAGCAAGCACCAGAAGCCUCGGGGAGCCCUGUCUCUAUCUGGUGCCAUCGUGUCCCUGAGUGACGAAGCACCCCACAUGCUGGUUGUGUACUCUGCCAAUGGGGAGAUGUACAAACUGAGAGCUGCUGAUGCAAAAGAGAAACAAUUCUGGGUGACUCAGCUUCGGGCCUGUGCCAAGUACCACAUGGAGACGAAUUCUAAGACUACUCCAAGCUCCCGGAGCCGAAGUCUCACUUUGCUCCCCUAUGGAACUCCCAAUUCUGCGUCUCCCUGUAGCCAGAGGCACCUCGGCACAGGGGCCCCCAGUGUCGUCACAAUCACGCAUCACAAGUCACCUGCCGCCGCCCGAAGAGCCAAGAGUCAGUAUUCCGGCCAACUUCAUGAAGUCAGAGAGAUGAUGAGCCAGGUGGAAGGACAACAGAAGAACCUCGUGCAUGCCAUUGAGUCUCUGCCAGGUUCUGGUCCUCUCACCUCCUUGGACCAGGACCUGCUGCUCCUGAAAGCCACCUCGGCGGCCACUCUCAGCUGCCUCGGCGAGUGCCUCAGCCUGCUCCAGCAGAGUGUGCACCAUGCAGCCCAGCCCAGCCACAGGCCGGGGGCCUCAGAAAACGUCCUGGGAUGGCAUGGGCCCAAGUCACACUCCACAGAGCAGUUGAAAAAUGGGACACUCAGCUCUUUGCCAUCAGCCAGUGCCAGCAUCACCUGGGCCAUUUUACCCAACUCAGCUGAGGACGAACAAACCUUCCCAUCAGAGCCAGAGCCAAACUCAGGCCCUGAACUGGUUUUGUCGGAAGAUGAGAAAAGUGACACGGAAGAUCAGGAGGAGACAGAGCUGGGUGUCAUGGAGGAUCAGCGCAGCGUAAUCCUUCAUCUCAUUUCUCAGCUCAAACUCGGAAUGGAUUUGACCAAGGUGGUGCUCCCCACGUUUAUCCUGGAGAAGCGGUCCCUGCUGGAGAUGUAUGCAGACUUCAUGGCACACCCGGACCUGCUGCUGGCUGUCACUGCCGGGGCUACGCCGCAGGACAGGGUCAUCUGCUUCGUGGAGUAUUACCUCACUGCCUUCCAUGAGGGCCGCAAGGGCGCUCUGGCCAAGAAGCCCUACAACCCCAUCAUCGGCGAGACGUUCCACUGCUCCUGGGAGGUCCCCAAGGACAGGGUCAAGCCCAAGAGGACUGCCCCCCACACCCCUGCUGGCCACGAGCACCCGAUGGCCGAUGACCCUUCCAAAAACUACAAACUGCGGUUUGUGGCUGAGCAGGUGUCCCAUCACCCGCCAAUCUCCUGCUUCUACUGUGAGUGCAAGGAGAAGAGACUGUGUGUCAACACUCACGUAUGGACCAAAAGCAAGUUCAUGGGCAUGUCCGUGGGGGUCUCUAUGAUAGGGGAAGGUGUGCUGCGGCUCCUGGAGCACGGGGAGGAGUAUGUGUUCACCCUGCCCAGCGCCUACGCCCGUUCCAUCCUCACCAUCCCUUGGGUGGAGCUCGGAGGAAAAGUCAGCAUCAGCUGUGCCAAGACCGGGUACUCAGCCACCGUGAUAUUCCACACGAAGCCUUUCUACGGAGGGAAAGUCCACAGGGUCACAGCAGAAGUGAAGCACAAUCCCACCAACACUAUUGUGUGCAAAGCCCAUGGGGAGUGGAAUGGGACCCUGGAAUUCACCUACAACAACGGAGAGACCAAGGUCAUUGACACGACUGCACUGCCGGUGUACCCCAAGAAGAUCCGACCCCUGGAGAAGCAGGGCCCCAUGGAGUCGAGGAACCUCUGGCGGGAGGUGACCCAAUGCCUGCGGCUGGGGGACAUUGAUGCUGCCACUGAGCAGAAGCGGCGGCUGGAGGAGAAGCAGCGUGCGGAGGAGCGGAAGCGGGAGAACGUCCGAGCACCCUGGCGGCCCAAGUACUUCAUCCAGGAGGGUGACAGCUGGGUGUACUUCAAUCCCCUUUGGAAGGCACACUGAUGGGUGGAGAUGCAGAGCUUUCAGAAGUAGCCCUGUUUUUGUAGGAAUUAAAGUGGUACAGUAUCAAGGUCCUGCCGAUAUGCUCUGAGACCUCUUGGUGUCAUUCAAGACAUGGUACCUGAGAGAGGAGUUAUGUCCUGAGAAAAAUGUACCCCCAAACUCUGUGAUAGGAUUGAACUGAUUCAAGAGCCACCAGGGGCACAUGUGUGCACGCAGGCUUGUGUGCAGGCUCUCAGCACACUGUAUAUUCACACGCAUGCACUGGGUCUGCUGGGUCUUAUCACACCUGUACAUACUGCACUUACCAGUGUUGAAGUGGGGUAAUGAUUCUGAGCUCCUUUUUAUCAAUGAGGUUCAAAGUUUUCUAUUUUUCAGUUGGCCAAAAAUGUUUUUGCACUCUCAAAAUCUUCUGUCAUCAGCUCCUGUCCAGGCAAGAGGGAAUUGGCCCAGUUGAUGUCCAUAUGGUAGAAAAUGGCUCAUUCCUGGUAGAAGGGGGCUGUCAUUUCAGAAUUAUCAUUGAUUCCCAUUCCCCUGCCAACUCCAACAUUUGUUUGUACUCCAGAAAGACAAACUGCCAUUUCCUGCUGGAUGGGGAGUAGACAGGGUUCAAGGUUAUGCCAGAGCUUUGCAGGAUGGAGCACCUAUGGAAGAGUCAGGUCUGCCUUGGAAUUUUCCUCCUGUCAUUGCCCCAGAGCCUGACCUGAAAAUUUCCCAUGUUCAAUACUCAAGUCAUCCAUUUUGCAAAAGCUGCUUCUUUCAUGGUAGAAAACAAAUCAUAUGGAGACAUCACUACUUUUAUGAUGAAAAAAGGGCUUUAGAAACAAAAUACACGCACGCAUGCAUGCACCAACACGCACAACCAUAGCUUCAAUCUUGUACUUAGUUUGGGGAAAGGAAAAAGAAUUUCCUGUGGAUUUUUUUUUUUUUUUAAAGUGCACCUCUCUUGUUUGACACAAACUCUGCAAGAAGACCACUGUGAUUAAAACAUACAUACAGCCUGCCUAAGUGUUCCACGGUUUCAGUUGAAUUUCAGUCUUCAGCCUUUACACAUGAGGUCAAGACAUGACCAGAAUAUAAAGCUAGGAGAAAAGGAAGUAUUUGAUCUUUGCUCAAUGCUUAAUUUAUUUUUUACUGUGCCAUUCUAACGAGAAUAUUUAUAAAAUCCAGUAGCAUGAAUGCUUCUCCGUAGUAAUACUAAUUUUGUGCCUUUGUCUGCUUUCUUAAGACCAAUUGUUCACACUUUGUAGAUAUUAGACAAAUAUAUUUCGAUUAAAUACUAUACUUA